AUGAAUCGUUUUUGUUCGAUUUUUAUACUUGUAUUACUUUUCAAUCGAUAUUGUUAUUCAUUCACUAUUCCGUAUAUUGAUCAAAACAAAAAAGAAACAUUACCAUUAAGUGGCUCGAACUCACAAGAUGUUAUCAAAUCAUUGGUAAACGAGAAGAAUGACCAAGAUUCAUAUGUUAACAUAUUGUGUACAGUUUAUGGUGUAUGUUUGGAUAACGAUCAACAAUAUAAUUUCAAUCGGAGACCAAAAGCUAAACGACUUACGAUGAGUGUAUUUCAUGGAUUUCCGAAAUUUGGUAAACGUGAAUUCAGAUCAGCAUUUGCUGGUUUUUCAAAAUUCGGUUGA